AUCCGCUUUGCUCAUCCUUUCUUGUUUUUAGGACGCACAAAUUCCCCCGCAGUCGCUUUAUGCGGCGGGGGCAAUGCCCAGACGGGGGAGGGGGGCAAAAAGCAACAACUCCGCAUCACCGGUGAAAAGCGCUUCGAGCAUUUGGAAGCCGGUUGUGGGAUCUCCUUCUCGCGCGAUCCCCCCGGUCGGCCGCCAGGGGCCGCCUCGCUUCCCCGGUUCAGAGGACGCUGCUCUCCUCCCUUUCCUCUCCACGUGGUCGCAGAUGGCCGCUUCCAGAAGCUGAGCCUGGAGCCGCCGCCGCCGCUACCUGCGGGGUGAGUGGGGUGGCGGGGGAAAGGACGCCUCAGGGGGCAGCGCCAGGGGGCGAAGGGGCGGGAGGGAGCAGUUUCGGCUAGAGGAAGGAAUGGGCCGCCCGUUGCGGUGGGUGAGGCUUGGAGGAGGGGAGGCAAAAGGGAGGGCGGGGGAGAAGUUUACGGGGGGGGGGGGAAUGGGGAGAUCUCCCACCCGCCCCAGACAGCUGAUUUAUUUUUUUUAGAAAAAUGAAAAGCAGCUUGGUUACGUGUGGGGAGAAGGUGAGACAAGGACAAUAGAGACUUUUAAAAAGACUGGGAACCAUGUAUGCUGUGUUUACAGAAAGAAGUGGACUCACUAGCAGGGUUUGAGUAAACAAGUACAACCAGCAACAUAGAAAUUAAGAUGUAAAAACUGGAAACUAACAAAGGGUAAGAGGAAAUAUGAAAACAAAAAUGUUAAGAAUAUAGUAAUAUUCAAGUUGAAGAUUUCAAUAUUAAGGUAGGAUAAAACAAGCAGGGGAAGCAAACACUCAAAAGAACCAGAAAAGGAAGUUGAGGGAAGUCGGGGGGGGGUGGGUGGGUUGGGGAUUUAUAUUCUGUUUUUGAGAUAAUGUUGAUUGUGAUGAUGAAAAAAUUGUAAAAGUUAAUUUAAAACUUUUUUUAAAAAAAAGUGUGGGGAGAAGGUAGGGUGGAAACUCUGGGACUGAGCUAGCGGCUUUUGAGCCUUGGCGAGUGGGCUUGCUGGAAGGGGAAGAAGGGUCUGCCAAGGUUCAAUCCCUGGAUUCUCCUGGCAGGGUUGGGAGAAAGACCCGUGUCUGAAAUCCUGGCGGUCUGCUGCCAGUCAGUGUAGACAUUGCUGAGUUAGAUGGACCGGUGGCCUGACCACUGAUACUAUACAGUUUCCUGUGUUCUUAUGGAAGCAUCUGGCUGGUGGAGUAGAGUGACCAUCCUUAAGGAAGAGCCCUGUUGGGUCAGGCCAAGGCCCCAACUACACAAUACAUUUAUAGAAGUGUCACAUCGCUUUAAAGAGGCUUUGUUUUCUCCAAAAGAAUCAAGGGAACUGUACUUUGUUAAGGAUGCCGUGAAUUGUUAAGAGAUCCCCAACCACCUCACAGAACCAACAAUUCCUAAAGUGGUCUAUCAAUCGAUUCUUCUUCUAUUCUUCUGAGAUUCGUUGCUCUGUGAGGGGACUCUGGAUGCUAGAUAUAUUCUGUUUGUGGCCUCUCCCAGACCAUCUCCCAAGUGAUGCAAAUGAGCUAGCAUCCAGUAGGAGAAAGGUGGCUUACUCCUGAGCGCUAUAAACAGUGGGAAAUGGAAAGGUGGGGUUAUCCCCCCUUGGUAUCUUGAUGUGGCGUUUACCCUUGCCUCCAUCUUUCUCCCUCUGUCUUGACUUUUAGGCUGUGCUUUGAAGGCAUUCUGUAAAUAAAUUCAGAACUGUUUGAUUUUUGGCGUGGUCUCGAUAACCAAGCCAAAAGUUGUGGCUACCUCUGCCCUGGUUGUGAAUCCACCCUUUCUUUUGGGAAAGGAUGGCAGGGUACUUGACAGUUUAUUGCUGCAUGGCCAAAUUGCUCCAGGUUCCUUGGCAGACCAGUUUCCAAGCAAGCCCCAGCCUUCUUCAAUCUUGGAGCUGGGGAAGGAGAACCCCACAAAACCUCCAGGGCAUUAUCCAGCCACUUCUGCAUUUUCAGGUUUAAAUGGAAACCUGGAACUGGAGGGUAGCAGCAGAAUUCCCAAUGUGAGUCUGGAAAUGUGGAAGCCUGAAUCCUGUAUGUACUAACAGCAUACUCAUUCUCCAAGUCUGGAUCUUUAGGUGGCCAAAAUGGUCCUCUGGGAGGAAGGGCAAGAUAGAAAUUUAAAUAAUAACAGACAUUAACAGAUUUGGAGAAACCCCAAACAAAUUUUGGGGUGGGGGGAGGAACCCAAAGUGUGGGGAAACCUCAAAAGCAGCCCAUUGAGAGGACUGAACAUGCUUAGUGCCAUGAAAUGCUGGCUGAUUUUGGGGUGCGUAGGGACUGAAUGGCGUACCCUGGCUGGAACCCUGAACGGGAGUACUCCACGCUGCAAAACUUCAUUGCAGGUCCCAUUUAUCAGUAUAGUAAUGGUGUUUGCAAAAAAGUAGAGCUGGAGCCAAGACACACCUGGUAAGUGUCUUGGCAGGAUGAACUUGGGUAGUAGGCUGACCCCCUGCUUUCUCAGUCAUGCUUGUUUCUCAUUCUCUCUCCUUUUUCUUUAAAGCUUUGUGAAUUGCCUACUGACUGGAACGGCAUUCCCCAACCAUGGCUGAAGGAGGUGCUGGUGGGAACCAGCCACCUCGCGAACCGCCCCGCAACCUCCAGGGCUUGCUGCAGAUGGCGGUCACUGCAGGGAACGCUGAACCUGCCCCGAUGGAGCCCAUGUCUGAUGAGGUGCGUGGCUUGGCUUUUAUAGGAGGGGUGGUGGUGAGGUCAAAUGGUUGUUAGAUCUGGGGAGUGAGUUUGAGGAAGGUGCUGUCCUGCGAUCCUGGUGCGUUACAGCUAGUGUUGAUUGUGGAAGCUAAUACCAAGAUUAUCUAGCAAGGUGCAGAGCAGGUUGGAUCAGAAGCAGCCUAGGAGGUAUUAUCCAAAUAUUUUCCCUGCAUUGCCAUUACAUUACUAAGUUCCUGCAACUAAUGCCGUGAAGCUAGAAAUAAAAAUCAUACAAAUCUCAAAUAUGUAUAAUAAAUAUAUAUAUAUAUAUAUAUAUAUAUAUAUAUAUAGUAAAGGUAAAGGGACCCCUGACAGUUAGGUCGAGUCAUGACCGACUCUGGGGUUGCGGUGUUCAUCUCGCUUUAUUGGCUGAGGGAGCCGGCGUACAGCUUCUGGGUCACAUGGCCAGCAUGACUAAGCCGCUUCUGGCGAACCAGAGCAGCGCACGGAAACUCCGUUUACCUUCCCGCUGGAGCGGUACCUAUUUGUCUACUUUGUAUUUAUCAUAUUUUCAUCCAGCCCUACUUCAAAGGAUCUCAGGGUGGUCUACUGAGUUCUACCUCACUCACACACCUAUCUUAUCCCCACAACCGCCCUGCGAGGUAGGUUGGGGGGAGGGGGAGAGAUUGAGAGAGAGACCCAGGAUCACCCGGGGAAUUUCAUCAUGGCUGAACAUGGAACAUGGGAUUUCUGAGUUCUGAAUCCAGCACACUGUCCAUUGCACCACACUGGCUCUCAUGCUGCCACAUGCUGUUGCUUUAAGUAGGAUAGGUACAGGGACCCCUGACCAUUAGGUUCAGUCAUGGCUGACUCUGGGGUUGCGGCGCUCAUCUCGCUUUAUUGGCCGAGAUGGUACAGCUUCUGGGUCAUGUGGCCAGCAUGACUAAGCCGCUUCUGGUGAACCAGAGCAGCGCACAGAAACACCGUUCACCGGUACCUAUUUAUCUACUUGCACUUUGACGUGCUUUCAAACUGCUAGGUGGGCAGGAGCAGGGACCGAGCAAUGGGAGCUCACCCCGUCGUGGGGAUUCGAACCGCCGACCUUCUGAUCGGCAAGUCCUAGGCUCUGUGGUUUAACCCACAGCGCCCCCCGCAUCCCUAUAUAUAUAAUAUAUAUAAUUUGCAAAAAGUGUUUGUGUAUUCAUACAUAGACACACUGUCCAUUCCUGGCCUUAACCAUUGCACCAUGCAACAUGGAAUUAGCUUGGGGCUAGGAAAAAAAGAUCUCAAGCUGGCCAGCUCCUGGCCUCUAACAGCAGCGCUUAGCAUUCACAAAUCACCAGCUGACGUUUGGAGGGGCAUGGAGAUAAGACAGCAUUGCCUGCCUGUCAAAGCGCUGUUGAAACCAGUUUGAGGAACCAGGAGCCCUCUCGGCUAUUGCUGUAUGACAGCUUCCAACAUCUGUGCCCAUUGGCUAUGCCAGCUGGGGCUGAUGGGAAUUGGAGUCCAUCAAUGUCUGGAGGGUCACAGGGUCACUGUAGAGAUACAGUUUGGCUCCUGUCUAAAGUUGGCAGCUCCAAGAGGAGUUGACGACAGCGGCGAGGACCCAAAAGCCAAUUUUCUAAGCACAACUUCCCCUAACUCAGCGGUGUAUGCAAGGAACUAGACUGGCAGGUGCUGAAAAGCAAGACUCUUCUAGGAGAGAGGUGGUGUCUAAUAUGGGGUCUAGGAGAUAAAAUUUAGGUUAUUUCUGGGGGAAGGAGUGAGCUUUUGGCAGGAAGAGGAAGGACACGUGUGUAUGAAAUUCCCAAUAUGUUUCCUUUUCAUUCACCUCUGUUCCCUAUGCCACUCUGCAGCGGAGACAGUGGCUGCAGGAGGCGAUGGUCGAGGCCUUCCGGGGGCAAGUGGACGAGGUGGAACAGAUGAAGGAAUGUCUGAGGCUGCUGGAGCCACCAACCCCCGGAGCAGAACGUGGAGGGGAGAGUUCAGAGGAAGCACAUUCAGACCUUGAGAACAGAGAAGGUGCCUUGGACCUUCUGGCAGAGCUGUGUGAAAACUUGGACAAUGCUGCAGGUAUAGAAAAGGCCCCAUUCCUCUGUAUGUGUGCAAGGGAGAAAGAGAGUGUGCAAGAGAGUGGGGAAGAGGGUGCCUUGAGUAAUUUGGCGUGGAAACACUAGGAAAUUGAGAUUCAUCUAAGAUCCAAGAAGUGAGAAAUGUCCUUAUGAGCAUAUUAGAGGUGGCAAGAUUAUUCUCUUAAUUUCCAAGGCUCUUAACAACUUGGGUCCAGGUGACAUUAAGGAUUUGAUUCACUGAGGGCUUCAGGAGGGUCACUGUUUGAGGGUCCCUCAUGGCUGGGAUGCCAGAAACCAUGCAUUAAUAUUGCAGGCCUCAAUCUGUGGAGAGUCAGCUGAGAUCAGACAGGCCUCUUCUUCCUUGACUAUCCAGCACCCGGCAAAUAUCUUUUUAUUUCAGCAGGGCUUUUAAGUAAACAUUCUGAUUUUUUAAAUAUAAACAGAUUUUAUCUUUACUUUAUCUUUCUAAACUCUUACUGUACACUGCCUAGAGAUUAAUAAUAAUAAUAAUAUUUAUACCCUUUCCAUCUGGCUGUGCUUCCCCAGUCACCCUGGGUGGCUUCCAGCAAAAUACAAAAGCGUAAUAAAACGCAAAACAUGAAAAAUUCCUGAUACAGGGCUGCCUUUAGAUGUCUUCUAAAAGUUGUAUAGUUCUUUAUCUCCUUGUCAUCUGAUGGGAGGGCGUCCCACAGGGAGGGCACCACUAUUUAUGAUUAUGGUGUUAAGCGGUAUAUAUAAAUGGUUGAAAGAAAUAAAAUUAAAGAGUAAAUUUCACCCAGCGGUUCCUAAUGUGGUGGGUGUUCUACACAGAAAACCCAAGAUUAUACGGUGGAAAGUAGUUACCCUUUGUAACCCCAGUGAGUCACAGCUAAGUCAUAGUGCUGGGUGGGUGGGUUUGCAAGAUAUCCUACCAUUCUGUUGGGCUGCCUGCUUUCCGUUGACCCCUUUGCUGUCCUUCCAGACUUCUGCAAACUGGAGGGCAUGCGGCUGUUAGCACACCGGUACCUGGAGCACGAGGAGCAGGAGCUGCGUUGGCGGGCUGCUCACCUGGUGGGCACCUGUGCCCAGAACGUGCCCAAGGUGCAGGAGCAGGCCCUAGCGCUGGGCUGCAUGAGGAAGCUGCUGAAGCUGCUGGACCACGAUCCCAGCGAGGCCGUCCGGAUCAAGGCGCUGUUUGCCAUCUCCUGUAAGUGCGGGGAUGUUCUGACCUGUUGGAAAGGGUGAAUUGAUUAGUCCUGCAGCAAUACAACUGCCUGCAUUUUCUGUUCAGCUGAGUAAACUGUGGUUUGAAUUUUCCAUUCAGGGUAAACCGUGGUUUGAGUGACCAAGCAUUGAGGUGGGAGGAUUAAAUGCACACUCCCCUCAAAUGGUUCGUCUGGUCAGAUACAGGACCCUCCCACCCCAUAUGAUAGCUUUCCCCUUGGGAAAGACAAAUGCAGUUUGUCCAUCUCACUUCUGAUCCAGCCGUCUGAGAUAGCAAAGCCCUUACAUUAGCAAUGUGCUCAGCGUUUUAUUAUGUUACCAGAUAAAUGAGCCAAAGCAGCGGAGGGAAGCUCUGGCCCUUCAGACUACAGUUCCCAUCAGUCCUCACUGUUGGCCAUGCUGUCUGUGGCUCAUGGGAGAUGGAGUCAGGGGGACAAGGAGGCAGCUUCCUCACCUCUGAGUCAAGCCACCAUUUCAGGCUUGGGAGCUUAGUGAGCUGAGGGUUUCCCCACAUGUGAAUGGAAAUCAUAUUAAUGGGGCCUCACCGACUUUUGUGAACUGCAUUUUGCUAAUGAACCCAAUCUCUCUCUCUCUCUCUCUCUCUCUCUCUCUCUCUCUCUCUCUCUCUCUCCCCUUCUCUCUGCCCCUUGUUGCAUUGCCAGGUUUGGUAAGAGCCCAGGAAGCGGGCCUUCAGCAGUUCCUACGUCUUGAUGGCUUCUCAGUCCUCAUGAGGGCCAUGCAAAGCAAUGUGCAGAAGCUGAAGGUGAAAUCUGCCUUUCUCCUACAGAACCUCCUCAUAAACCACCCAGAGCAGAAAGGUAAUAAUAUAAUACAAUCAUAUAAUCAUAAUUCAUUAUUUAUACCCCACCCAUCUGGCUGGGUUUCCCUAGCCACUCUGAGCGGCUUACAGCAUUUCUAAAAACAUAAUAAAAACAUCAAGCAUUAAAAACCUCCCAAUACAGGACUGCCUUCAGAUGUCUUCUAAAAGUCAGAUAGUUGUUUAUUUCCUUGACAUCUGAUGGGAGGGCGUUCCACAGGGCGGGCGCCACUACCGAGAAGGCCCUCUGCCUGGUUCCCUGUAACCUUACUUCUCGCAGGGAACUGCCAGAAGGCCCUCCGCGCUGGACCUCAGUGUCCGGGCUGAACGAUGGCAGUGGAGACACUCCUUCAGGUAUACUGGGCCGAGGCCAUUUAGGGCUUUAAAGGUCAGCACCAACACUUUUAAUUGUGCUUGGAAACGUCAUGAGGAGGACUUUAGAAGGAUGCCUUGAAGAGCUGUUCCUUGGUUUGUGAACUUGUUGUGGCUGCAUGCAGUGGACGUGGCCAUCUCCCACCAAUCCUGGGCUGUCCCCAAAGUAGGCCUUCAUCAAGCCCAAUUGGCUGAAGGAGGCUGACAAUGAUGCAUUUCAGAAGCCCCACAUUGGCGGGGACUGUGCUGCUGCCCAGCUAGGUGGUAUGGCGUCAGCAUGUUCCUGCAAGGAGACGUAUCUCUCCUCAGCUUUUCCACCCCUUUCUCUCCACAGAGGCUCUCUGUUCCAUGGGGAUGGUCCAGCAGCUGGUGGCCCUGAUCCGGUCUGAACACAGCACUUUCCAUGAACACGUCUUGGGAGCCUUGUGCAGGUAUUGAGGGGACUGGGCUGCAGAGAAUGAGAGCCAGGAUCUGGGGGGAUCUCUGACUGAUCUAUUGAGGGCUACUGGCAUGCUUGGCUGAGUUAUUUGGGGAGGAGAGCUUUGUUUCUUGUUUCUUGUUGUAGGCCAGAGGUAUGAAGUGAGUUGGGGACACGGGUGGCGCUGUGGGUAAAACCUCAGCGCCUAGGACUUGCCGAUCGCAUGGUCGGUGGUUCGAAUCCCCGCGGCGGGGUGCGCUCCCGUCGUUUGGUCCCAGCGCCUGCCAACCUAGCAGUUCGAAAGCACCCUCGGGCGCAAGUAGAUAAAUAGGUACUGCUUUAUAGCGGGAAGGUAAACGGCGUUUCCGUGUGCUGCGCUGGUGCUGGCUCGCCAGAGCAGCUUCAUCACGCUGGUCACGUGACCCGGAAAUGUCUCCGGACAGCGCUGGCUCCCGGCCUAUAGAGUGAGAUGAGCACACAACCCUAGAGUUUGUCAAGACUGGCCCGUACGGGCAGGGGUACCUUUACCUUUAUGAAGUGAGUUAUACAAGCCUGAGCGUUCUCCAGUCUAGUUCUUAUCGAGGGUGUGGACGUGAGCUUAGGCUGAACUGCUUCAGACUACAGGACUUUCCCUGUCACUCCUUCUGUUGGCGGACUCAAAAACAGUGCGUGCCGGCAGCGGCACAGCCAAAAGUGAGUCUACUAAGAAACAAGUGGGGAAGCAUCAGCAUGCUGGGGGAAGCAUGUGAGAUUUGCAGAAAUUAAAAGAGGAAAACCUUUGAAGAAAUGAAACUUAAUAGGGCAAAGAAACAGCAACAGAACAGUCCAAUCAGGAAAGAGCAUGCUCAGUAGCUAUGAGAUGUUGGGUGUCACUUGGAAAGGAAAAGUGUGGGGGAUGAAAUGGAGUGGCCUGAUGGAGGGGCUGGCAGGCAGGCAGGCAGGAUAUGUGAAGAGGAAACCACAACAUUCACAGGUCUCACUUGCUCAUCUCUAAUCUCCCAUUCCUUCCCUUUCAAGCCUGGUAACAGAUUUUCCUCAGGGUGUGCAGGAGUGUCAAGAGCCGGAUUUGGCCCUCGAGGAGCUCUUAAAGGAGCGGUGCCAGCUACUGAAGGAUCAGGAGGAGUUCCAGGUAGGCAGAAAUAAAUGGGUUCCUUUCCCUCCCUUCCCACCAAUCUGUGGAAUGAACUUGGUGCGAAUGUCUGGACUGCCACUGAGUUUUUCCAACGGCGAAACUUUCGUGGAGUGAAGAAGGGCAGGGCUGAGCAUGAUAGCCGUAUCAAGCUUUAUUCUCCCAACAUUGGUUAGGAACCUCCAGCCAAAGGCUCUGAUCAGGCCUGGCAGGAAUCCUAAUUUGGCCCACAAGGCUGUUUCUCCACAGACAACCACCAGAUGUGGGUCAGGUACGGACACGGCUGCAGAAACGGGAGCUUAAAAUCGUACUCCUGAUUGUUUCUUGGCAAACGGACCUUGCUGAUCAGCACUGACAGACAGCCACUUUGGAGUUUUAUCCAUACACAGGUGUGGCCACAAUUCAAAAAGUGCCUGCAAACUGACAUUUUCCCUCUGCAAACUGUCUUCCUGGUCUGCAUAAGAAAAACGUCGGUUUGUAGGCAUCCAAACCACACCUGCAAAUAGGUGGGAGGUGGGAGCCAGCACCCGUUGAAGUUGUCACCUGCCAUAAUAACGACAGGUGAGUGAUAAGUAAGCAAUUGCCCGUGAGGGGUGAGGAUUUGGCCCGCAAGCCAAAUCCAGGCCCUCAUCCUGACUGCAGUAAUGUCGGCCGGAGCAUUUACUUUAAAGCGGGUGGGGAAGGAAGGCUGAGAAUGGAAAAGCCAGCGUUUCGCAAAGUGAAAUUCCACAACAGCCUGGAAUUAUGAAACCCUAUGCUAGGGGUCAGCAACCUUUUCCAGCCAUGGGCCAGUCCACCGUCCCUCAGACCAUGUGGUGGGCCGGACUAUAUGGGGGGGGGGGGACGGAACAAAUUCCUAUGCCCCACAAAUAACCCAGGGAUGCAUUUUAAAUAAAAGGACACAUUCUACUCCUGUAAAAACACACUGAUUCCCAGACCGUCCGCAGGCCAGAUUGAGAAGGCGAUUGGGCCGGAUCCGGCCCCUGGGCCUUCGUUUGCCUACCCCUGCCCUAUGCAUUUUCGCCGCCUCCUUGCCUAGGUGGCAGCGUGUUGCUCUCUUCGCUUUACUUUGCUGGGCACUAGAGGGCACUAGGCAUUUUUUUAAAAGGCCAACUUUCUGAAGCUUGCAGUGCGGCUAUUCCCAUUUAAGUGCAUUUCUGGAGACGGUUUGCAGCACGGAGAGCUAAUAAUAAUAAAAAUUUAUUAUUUAUACCCUGCCCAUCAGGGUGGGUUUCCCCAGCUUUACCCACCUAAUAGUAGCACAAUGCAGAAACAGCUUAAGAAGGAAGUUUGGGGUUCUCCGCCGCUCGGGGCCCCAGAAUCCAGCCAUCGCUGUCCCAACCCAUCUGCGAGAGAGUAAGCCAACUGAGGCUGGCCCUGUGAUAUAUAGGAGGCAUGUUUGCUCCCAGCCCCACCCCCCCAGUGGUGAGAUGAAGAAGCAGCCUCCUAUUGCUGGAGAGGCAGAUUUCUUUAGAGGUUGGGGUAAAGUCCCAUUACUGUUCAUUUCUGUUCUUUCUGGUACUAAAUCAGCCUCGUGUUUAAUAACCCAGCCAGGUGGGUGGGGUAUAAAUAAUAAAAUCAUUGUUUUUUUAAAUCAUUGUUUUUAUUAAUAUUAGCUCUAGCACUGUAGCCAGAAGAAUUUACUUGCUUAUUUUGUUUAUUUUUAUCAGCUUGCCCAGUGCCCAAGAAGCAGUUUACAACACCUCCAUAAAGCAGCAUUAAAGCGCUUGACAUCUGACAGUGACACACAGAAAUGGGUGCUUGAGCUACACAUCAGAAAAGGCCUCUGUAAGGAGGGUCUUAAGGAAGUGUGGUUGCACAGUAGCAAAAAGCAAGGCGUUCCAUAACUGAAGAACAGACACACAGUCUUUUCCUUUUAAAAGUUUUAUUUUUAUUUUCAAAGUUUCAAAAAGAAAAAACAGUUUUUUACACACAUUUUCACAAAACCAUAGUCCAUGUCAGUACCUUUAUGGGGUUCCCUUCACCCCUCUCUUGGCUUCCAAAAUUCAUCUUCCUUUUUUAACUGCAUCUAAUUACAUUUAUCCAAAUUAUUAUACUUCAUUUUUAUCCUUUGUUAUUUUAAAUUACAAGUGCUAUGUCAAUCCUGCUAACAUUUUUAGAUUUUUUACAGUGUUCUUUAAUAUAUUCUAUAAAGUUAUGCCAUUCUCUAUUAAAUUUGUUAUCUUCUUGGUGCCUGAUCUUCCCAGUCAGCCUUGCCAUCUUCAUAGUCCAUCAUCUUCGUUAUCCAUUCUUCCUUCGAUGGGGCUCUUUCUUCUUCCCAUCUCUGGGCAUAUAAUAUUCUUGCCGCUGUCGUCGCAUACAUAAACAGUACUUUCUUACCCUUCAGUAAUUCUUCUGUUAUACCUAAUAAAAAGGCCUCUGGGUUUUUUAAAUAAAAGUUAUUUUAAACAUUUUUUUCAGUUCAUUAUAAAUCAUUUCCCAGAAGGCCUUGGCUGUUUUUACAAGUCCGCAACAUAUGGUGAAAUGUACCUCCUUUAACUUUACACUUCCAACAUACCAUAUUUUUCGCCCCAUAGGGUGCACCUAGUUUUUUUUGGGGGGGGGGAAUAAAGGGGAAAAAAAUAUUUCCCCCCCCAGGCGCGGGGGAAGCCCGAGCUUCCCCCAACCCCAGCCCCGAGAACAGCCUGCUAUCCGCAAGCCUAGGGAGCCCGGCGGGAAGUCGCGCCGGUCUCCCCAGGCUUGCGGAGAGCUGCGCGAAGCCCAGACGCGCUCUUCAGCGGAAGAUGCAUGAAGCCCAGGAAUGCAGGUAGCUCUGCGCAGCCCUCGGGAGCCCGGCGCGACUUCCGAGGGUUGCGCAGAGCUUCCUGAAGCCUGGAGAGCAAGAGGGGUUGGUGCGCACCGACCCCUCUCACUCUCCAGGCUUCAGCGAAAGCCUGCAUUCGCCCCGUAGGACGCACACACAUUUCCCCUCCAUUUUGGGAGGGGAAAAAGUGCAUCCUAUAGGGCGAAAAAUACGGUAUGUUGGUUGUGUUCUUAUACAUUUUCACUAGUCUUGUAGGAGUCAAAUACCAUCUAUACAUCAUUUUCAUAUAAUUCUCUUUUAACGUACAGCAAGCACACACUCUUUUCCAAUGCAAGUAGUAUGGAACUUUUACCAUAGAGAUACCAAGGAUAGAGUGACCUCACUUGGCCCUCAUUGAGAAUCGCGGAUGGAUGGUGGCUUUCUAUUUGAAUACAGGCUGCACAUGGAAGACUCUAGGCUGUCUCUGAGGUUUUCUGUCUGCUGCUCAAGGAAGUGGGGGGUGGGUAACUUGAGUUGGCUUCCUCGCCACGGAUCCUGGAACCGUGCCAUUCAUUUCCGAGUGCGGUUGUGUCACAACGCCAUCUCCCCACCCCCACCCCAAGUGCUCUUCUUUAGCUUGAUUUGAGGGUGGGGGUCGGACGGACAUGUUGCUUCUGUUUCGUGUCGUCUUGUGUUUAUUCUCAACAGACAAGUUCCCACCCCUGCUGUUAGCCAGCGACAGUUUUCCCUGAACGUAGCAAUUAGGCUGUGCCGAGCUUGAUAAUUAAACAAUUGGCAUAAUGGAGUAAGUGUUGGGGAUGGGGAACAACCUCACUGUGCCAUUAAAUUCUUUUUAAAAUAAUAAUAAAAAAAAUUCCUAACACGUCCCUCCCCUUCUCCCUGUUCAGCUCCAAAAAAAAUCUCCAUGUUGAGGUGAGAAAGCUUUGAGACUGAGAACACAUUCCUAUCCACAGGAAGCUGUGUGGGCUGUAGUUUCAAGCCAAGGAAGGUGGUUUUGGUGGCCCAUAAGCAAGGCUGAGCAGAAGCCGCAAUAAGCCCUGUUAAUUGUAGGCAGGACGGUCAUCAUACAUCAUUUUAUUUGCAUGCCGCCUUUCAGUAGUUAAGGCCUUGCUCAAGGCGGCUUACGUUGCGAACAAAUUCUCUAAAAUAGUCAUAAACAAUAAAACCCUUCAAAAAGUACACAACCAAAUGGAACAACUUCCACGUUAAAUCAUAAGAUCUAAAAAAUAAAGAUACAAAAAAAUUCAGUAACAGCAACAAAGGACCCCAAUGGAAAAAACAUCAACCCUAAACAAUACCCCAACCCAAGAGUUUGUUCUGCAGCCUCAACUUUUGCAGCUGGAGUCAGUCCAGGUCCUGCCUUCCCAGGCCAGGUGGAAAGUGGCCUGCAAGGCAAAGGAGCAGGUUUUCCAGGACUCACAUCAAAGAUCGUCCAGCUCCUAUUUAGCCAUACCAUUUCAGACUGGGGGUAGGGCUGUGUGUGUUGCCUAUUGGAAUAGUCCCUUAUAAAAUAAGAUGCGGGGGGGGGGGGGAGUAAAAAAAUUCACCCUGCACUUGGCAUUUAUUUACUUAUUUAUAUGUUGGCUGUGUUUAUUUCCUGCCUUUCUUUUCCAAUGAGUUCAAGAUGUGGUGGUUCUACUGCCUUCCAUUUCAUCUUCUCAACAGCCCUGUGGUGUUGGUUAGGCUGAGAAAAAUUGACUAGCCCGAGGUCACCCAGUGAGCUUCAUGGCUGAGUGGGCAUUUGGACGCCUCGGUCUCUAGGUCCUUGUCCGACACUCUAACCCAGCGGUAGGCAACCUAAGGCCCAUGGGCCACAGGCAGCCCACGGGGGUCAUUUAACCGGCUCACGGCCGCCCCCAAACCGAGCUGCUCGUUCGGGGAGCCCCUGUGCGCUAUGCUAAACUGCUGUGGGGAGUCACUUCCGCAGCACCCGAAAUUGUGUCCACACAGACACAGACACCAGAAAUCGCGGGCGCGCGUGCUCAAGUGCACACACAAUCCGGCCCACGGAGGGAUCUCCGCUGGAGUGAACCAGCCCAGGCGAGGUAAACCUUGCCGACCCCUGCAGUCUAACCACUACACCACACUGUUAAGGAGAAAGCCAGCUGUGUCGUGAUUUCAUUGCCACCACACGCUUUAUUUGCGGUUGGUCAGACUUUCCACUGCCCGCCCAAGUUCAAGGCAAACACUUAAAGAACCGAAAGCCCGUUAAAGAAGGAGCAGAGCUUGCCUCUCUUCCCUUCCUUUAUUUUUUAUUUCAUUUUGUUUUUAAAGGAGGAGCUGGAUUUCUGUGAGGCCCUGCUGCGCCUUUGCUUCCACGGUCAGCCUGAUGAUAACAGCAUGGACCGGUAACUUGGCUUCCCAGAAGAACCCUUGACGCUGUUGGAUGUUCAUGCUUGCACUUGGAAGCUGUCUCAGUUGGAGAGGCUUGGUGGAAACGCCCGUGUUUAUCCUCCCUUUCACUGAUCCGGCAACAGGCUCCAGUAACAGAAGAUCUCUCUGAAACGAGAUACAUGGCUUGUCAAGCCUCACGAUCAGCAGGAAGACACUUUCAUAAGCCGUUGCUGCGUAACUUCCUCUCCGUAGUUCUGCAGAAGCAUUCAUCUGCUAAUCUACCUUCCCAGCCACACCCAGGCAGUUCUACCUUCAUUAGCCAUAGUUUUGAGAUGGCUCUUGAGAUCUCCUUUUUAAUUGAGGGAAAACUAAUCCCAUUUCCUGUUCUCCGCUGCUUGUUAUUAGGGAAAAGAUGCUUAGUCAGGCGAGAAGGCUUGAGUGCCUUUUGGAAAGUAGAUGAUCAAGAAUUGCCUUCUUACUUCCGCAGCGUAUGGGAACUGGCUAUUCUACAAACCUACUCUGGGUUGCAUAUUUGGGGAGCAUUCGUUCAAAAGGGGCGGUGGUUUUGGUGUAUCUGGCUGCAAAGGACCUGUAACUCUACCCAUUUUUUAAAAGUUGCUGAUAAAGAUGGGAAAAGCUUGUCCCAGCUGAAGAAUUUCUCGGGGGUGAUUGUGGGGGGAGCUUUAAAAAAAAUGCUUGUGACAACUCGAAAUGUAUUGCAAACAGCUUGAAUCUCCCACAACUUUGCUUUGCUGUUGCUGUGUUCACUAUUCAGCAUUUUUUUAUUUAAAAAAAAACAACCAAGUUUCUGUUUCGGGUGCUAAGACUGUCACGUUUUUGUUUUUCCUACUAGCAAAUGCCUUUAAAAAGUUGAAAAUGAUGUCUCCAUUUCAAAAAAGAAGAAAAGGUGGCAGAUCUUUCAGUUUAGGGGUUAACAACAAGAAGCCCCUUACUCAGAAUUGGCCUUCUGAAUAUCACCAGCUUGUUCCCCACCUCCAGCUGUAAUCACAGGAGCAGGAAAGAUACUGUAUUGGCCUCAAUAUGAGCCACCCCAAAUAUUGGCUGCACCCCUAAAAUGCAAUAUAUUAAGUCACAGCUUCUCAUAAGAGAAUAAUAUUAUAGGCUGCACUCUGGUUUUUAAUACCAGCAGGUAGGGGAAGCAUAGCCUAAAUAAAUACACCACUAGUACAGCAUGUACGUAGAUGGGAUACAGGAGUGGGAAAGCUUAGCAGUCUUACUUUAUAAAUGGGGAAGGAACUAACCUACCAUUCUCCUUAAAGCUGCCCUCCCACAAAGCUAGGUACCAACUAGGUUCUUGCGAGUGACAGGAUUAUGAAGAGCUGCAAAAGAGUGGCCAGGAUCCAAAGGGUGUCCUCAGUGUCUUUCCCCCAUUAUUAUUUGCAAUGCUAGUUGGUUGUGCCAUGUCACAAAUAGCUUACAGGACUCUCCUUGUCUCCUCAGUUGUCAGGCAACUGUGAUAGCUCAAGUCAGUAGAGCACGAGACGUUUAAUCUCAGGGUCCCAUGUUGGGCAAAAGAUUCCUGUACCAAGCGGGUUUGACUAGGUGACUCUUAUGGUCCCUUCUAACUCUACAAUUCUAUUAUUCUAAGAUUACACGGGAGCGGGCUGUAAUCCACAUAACUAGUCCCCGGCAUAUCCAGGUAGGGCUGAGAAAGAUCCCUGCCUGAAAUCUAUAAGUAGAUGGGUCAGAUGGUCUGACUUGAUAUAAGGCAGCUCCCUACUUCCUAAUUUCUAACAGAGCAAUGUGCUUACUUCCACAUCAGUCCUCUGAAAAAGUACAUGGUUAGCAUUUUACAAAGGGCAGACUGAGAAUGGGGGCAGGUAUAAGCCUAGCCACACUUACCAAACCUAUGGCUAAAAUGGCACUUGAGCUCUGGGCUGAGUUUGAAACUGGGCUGAUAUAAGAUAAAUGUGGUGUAUUAAUUUAUUUGAACACAUCUUUACUUUGAAAUCAGUCCCAUGGAUUUGUACUUCAAAGUGGUAUCAUAUACGCAAUGUCCACAUGCUAUUAUUAUUUAGUUAGGUUGCUAGUGGUUUAAUACAAAAUAAAAAAGUCUACAAGUGACGUUAAGAGGCGUAGCAUUAUAAACAGGUGAUGAUGAUACAUUAAGAUAAACCCUUGCAAAACUCAUUAAAGAGAUCCAGCUGUGAUCCUAUGUACUGAGAGC